UGGCUUUGUCAGUUUCCGAAUGAAUCUCCCUCCUCUGGGCAAAUCCUCGACCUGGGAGGCAAAGAGCGAGAAGGGGGCAAUCUCUUCAUUUGGAGCAACUGGAGUGAACUCAGUCUCUUCUUACAGAGUAUUUGAAGAUCUAAAGGUGAACAUUUCAAAAUGAACAGAUGAAAUGCUUAUGACUCCCCCUCCUCUGUGGAUGCUGCCUGAACUGCUGUGCUUUUCCAGCAACGCACUUUUCGACUCUGACUCUCCAGUGUCUGCAGUUCUCACCUUCACUUCAAUGUCUGCAAGUCACUCCAAUCCAUCGGGACUGCAACGAUUUUAGACUAUGAUCCUGUGAGAUGGAGCAAAGUAUUGUGGUUCCUGUUUCAGUACGUUUUCAGCAUCAGUGGGACUGGGUGAGAGAGCUCAGUGUUGCAGCACACUGAGUGUGGAACCUGAAACAUUUAUACAGCCUGGAAAGAGGAGUUCAUGGUGGCAAGGGGCUCUACAUGCAUUUGUGUAUAGCUGAAGCUUCAGCCAUGGAGAAACCUGAGGAAUCCCGGUCCAUGGGGAAACCAUGGAAGUGUGGCGACUGCGGGAAAGGCUUUCGUGUCCCAUCUGCCCUGGAAAGUCAUCGACGCAGUCACACUGGGGAGAGGCCGUUCUCCUGCCCUGAGUGUGGAAAGGGCUUUACACAUGCGUCUACCCUCUGGGCCCACCGACGGGUCCACAAUGGAGAAAGGCCAUUCUCUUGCCCUGAGUGUGGGAAGGGAUUUACCCGCUCCUCCCACCUGCUGCCCCACUGGCGGGUCCACACCGGGGAGAGGCCCUUUAGCUGUCCCGAAUGUGGGAAGGCCUUCACCGAUUCCUCCGCCCUGCUGAAGCAUCAGCGGGUCCACACCGGGGAGAGGCCAUUCUCCUGCCCCAAGUGCGGGAAGGACUUUACCCGCUACUCCAACCUGAUGAGGCACCAGGAGCUCCACACCAGGGAGAGGCCGUUCUCCUGCCCAGAGUGCGGUAAGAGCUUUAACCGCUCCUCCAGCCUGCUGGCCCACCAGUCAGUCCACUCCGGGGAGAAGCCCUUCAGCUGUCCCGAGUGUGGGAAGACCUUCAGCAAUUCCUCCGGCCUGUUGGCGCACCAGCGGGUCCACACAGGGGAGAGGCCAUUCACCUGCUCCGUGUGUGGGAAGGGAUUCAGUCAGCUGGGCAAUCUGCAGAGGCAUGAGUGGGUCCACACAGGGGAGAGGCCCUUCAGGUGCCGUGAAUGCGGGAAGGGGUUCACUUGCUCGGCUAAGCUGAUGACCCAUCAGCGGGUUCAUACCGGGGAGAGGCCGUUCGCCUGCUCUCAAUGCGGGAAGGGAUUCCUCGAUUCUUCCACCCUGCUGACCCACCAGCGGGUCCACACCGGAGAAAGGCCAUUCACCUGCUCCAUGUGCGGGAAGGGAUUCAGUCAGGUGGGCAACCUGCGGACACACCAGCGGGUCCACACCGGGGAGAGACCAUUCACAUGCUCUCAGUGUGGGAAGGGUUUCCUCGAUUCUUCCACUCUGAAGACCCACCAGCGGGUCCACACCGGAGAAAGGCCAUUCACCUGCUCCGUAUGUGGGAAAGGAUUCAGUCAGGUGGGCAACCUACGGUCGCACCAACGCAUUCACACUGGGGAGAGACCGUUCACUUGCUCUGUGUGUGGGCAGGCAUUCAGUCAGAUGGGUCAUCUGCAGAAGCACCAGCAGAUCCACACGGGAGAGAAGCUGUUCACUUGCCCCAUGUGCGGGAAGGGAUUUGCUCAAUCAUCUGCACUGCUGAUCCACAACAGUGUCCACACCAGGGAGAAGCCGUUCACCUGCUCUCAGUGCGGGAAAGGGUUUGUGAAUUCUUCCAACCUGCAAACUCCACAGCGGAGAGAAGCCAUUCACGUGCUUGGUGUGUAGGAAAGGGUUCGGUUAUUCAUCUGCACUGCUGACCCACCAGCCGGUCUACACCGGGAAGAGGCCAUUCACCUGCCCAGUGUGUGGGAAGGGAUUCACUGAUUCUUCCUGCCUACGGACCUACCAGCAGGUCCACAUGGGAGAGAAGCCGUUCAUGUGCCCAGUGUGUGGGAGAGGGUCCACACCGGGGAUAAGCCUUCAUCUGCUCAGUGUGCGGGAUGAGAUUCAGUCAGACGGGACAUCUGCAAAGGUACCAGCGGGUUCGGACAGGAGAAAAGCCGUUCACGUGCCCCAUGUGCGGGAGGGGGUUCACUGAGUCAUCUACCCUGUUGACCCACCAGCAGAUCCACACGCGAGAGAAGCCUUUCACCUGCUCAGAGUGCGGGAAGGGAUUCAGUCGGUUGGGUAACCUGCAGACGCACCAGCGGGUCCACACCGGGGAGGGGCUAUUCACCAGUCCCGAAUGCAGGAAGGUAUUCCGUCACGGCAGCAACUUGUGGACACACCAGCAGGUCCACACGGGAGAGAAGCCAUUCACCUGCCCGAGCGCGGGAAGGGAUUAAUCGAUUCCUCCGGCUUGCGGAUGAACGAGCGGGUCCACACUGGGGACAUCCCGCUCACCAACUCAGAUGGUGGGUGGGUAGUGUGUGCGGUUUGACCUUGAGCCGUUUUAAAAUAAACAGCUACAUUUUGUACACCUUUUUGUUGGAGAGAUCUGAAGCAGUAACAAAUCUGGGUCGCAAUAAAGGUUACUUGAACUUCCUGUCUAACUCUGACCUUGAAAUCUAUGCAAUCUAACAGGCUUUCGUUUCAAAGCUGCUAGUUUCUUUCAGCCUCCAGCACUUGUAAUUUUUUUCAGGAGUGCAGGUACUCCAUUGCUUCAUUGGCAUUGUAAAGUUUACUGGCAGCACCAGGGGACGUGUGAGCUGUGUUCACUGGAAAUUAUGUGCAAGAGCCCGUGUUGGACUGGGGUGGGCAAAGUUAAAAAUCACACAACACCAGGUUAUAUUU